CCAAUAAUUGUAUCUUUUUGUGUCUUCUUUUCGCUUUAUGGAUUCGUCUCGCGAAGCUAAUCGCAAACACGAUGAGGAAGAGAGAAGAGAAGACGAGAAAACUUCUCUGAUGGAUGUAAAUCUCAUGGUGGUGCUUCUCUCUCAGCUUUGUACGAACAAGGAAGAUGAGAAGGGUUUGGAGAAAGAGAGAAGAGAUCAUGUUGCACACGAGGCUCGUGAAUCUAGAGCACGUGAAAACAAGAGGUUUAUGAAGGAAACAAAGUUGAUGGAGAAAAGAAGUCACGUGCUUCAGCCCAUGGCUAAAGAAUUCAGGCAUUACAGGAAAAUGUGAAGGCGCAUGACUGACCUGUAUUGCCCCAGAAGCUGAAUACAAUUCUAUUUUAUUG